AUGAGUCUAGACUUAAAGAAACGUAUGCGAAUAAACAGCUCAGAAAACGUAUUCAUGAAUAUACAAGCAAAACGUGUAAAAAAUAACCAAGGAUAUACGUUUAACCAAAAUGAUCUAGAUUCAGAAGACGAAUUAACAGUGCUUUCUCCAAAAACACCCACACGUUAUAGAAAAAUAAAUUCUCAAACAGGUCUUAUUUAUAUGCAGAAAAUUAAAUGUCCUUUAACACCAUGUCAUUUAAAGACAGCUUAUAGGACACCUGUUUCAAAAAGAACAUCUACUCCUAUAACACAGACACCUUAUUCCAAAGGAAAAGCACUUUUUUCUCGAGGAACAAUACCAGUUCCACUUACAGGACGAUCUUCAGAAAGAACAUUUAUUACAAAGUUUAUCGAAUGUCAUAUGAAACAAAAACAAGGAGGAAGUCUUUAUGUUUGUGGCCCUCCUGGUACGGGUAAAACUGUGAUUAUUACAGAUAUUGUGGAACAACAAUUUACUGGGAAAAAUAUUACAUCAGCAAGCAUUAACUGCAUAGCACAGGAUCCGAAAAAUAUUUAUUCAGAAGUGUAUAGAAAAUUAUUUAAAAAAGUAGAGAUUUCAGAAAAAAAAGCAUUUGAACAAUUAAAAAAACUUAUUUUCAAAAAUAAUAUGUAUCUUUUAUUAUUGGAUGAAAUCGAUUCUUUAGUUGUAAAGGAUCAAGAAAUUUUGUAUCAACUAUUUGAAUGGUCUAUUAUAAAAGAUUCACAAUUAAUUAUCAUUGGAAUUUCAAAUACACUGGAUUUAACAGAUCGCUUUUUACCAAGACUUAAGGCAAAAAAUGCUGUACCUGAAGUUUUUGUAUUUAAGCCAUAUACUCCGCAAGAAAUUUCAGAUAUAGUCAAAAGUCGUUUACGUUUGCUUUCUGAAAAUACAUCUGAAGAUUUUAUACCCCUCAUUCAUCCAACAGCAUUAGAGUUAUGUUCAAGAAAAAUUUCAUCUUCUAGCGGAGACAUUCGGAAAGCAUUUGAUUUAAUUAGAAAGGCAAUUGAGCUUUUGGAAGCGGAACUAUAUAUUGACAGUAAAAAGCCGUUGUCUGAAGUUUCUCCAAAUAAAUUGAUGUCUCCUGAUACAAAUAAAUAUCCAGCUUUUAGUGAAGAAAAUCUGGAAAAUUUGCCAAAAAUAACUACUGAACAUAUACUUCGCGUUUCAAGUUUAAUACAUGGUGGUUCUAUAAUUACACGGCUUAAAAAUUUUACUCUUCAACAAAAAGCUAUUCUAUGUGCAUUAUCUGUAUGUGAGAAAGAGAAUCCGAAUCAUAUAUUAAUUGGAAAAGUAUCUCCAUUAUUUGAUACUUAUAUGUAUUUAUGCCGUCGAGAUAAACUUCUUCAUCCUUUAAGUUCUGUAGAGUUUUCAGACGUCGUUGGGACUCUUGAAGCAUCUAUGACUGUUAAUAUUACUAACACAAUUAUUUCUUCAAAAGCAAACGAUAUAAUGAAUAAAAAAAUCAAGCUAAUAGUGCCAAAAAUGGACAUUCUUACUGCCAUUGGUGAUAUUGAUCUUUUAAGACGUUUUUUUCAAUAA